GGUCCAUCCAAGCCACGACCAGAGUCCAGAAACCCACCCCGCAGCCCGCAGCCCAGCGCGACUCAUCGAGACGACGCCUCCGACUCUCCCCCGAGCAGCAGCGGCGGCGGCGCAAGCCUCUCCUCCGGCAUGGGGACGCGGGAGGUGUACGAGGAGAAGCUCCGCAGCGGCGCGCAUCUCCACCGCGACCCCACCAUCAACCCCGGCCUCGGCUCGCCCCGCUGCCCGCGAUGCCUCUCCCUCCUCAACCCCACCGCGGGAGAGGGGGACUGGGCCAUCACCUCCGUCCUGCACGACGCCACCGCCGUGGCUGGUUCCGGCGCCGGCGCAUUGCUCAGUGCUGUGCACGGGUUUAACACAGGGAUCCCUUUUGUCCAGAAACAUGUGAAGGGGCCGAAGUGGCUGCAGUUGCUCGUUGGGGUGCCACCACUGCUGUUGUUCUCAGGUGCCAGUGCUGUGUUUGGUGCAUAUGCACUUCCAAGGUUUGCUCAGCUCACUGUGACUUCUUACUAUGCGGCAUCAAGCGGCUCUCACUAUGCGGUUUCCCAGAUCACCCGCCAAAUCGAAAGCGCCCAUUUCUCAGAAUCUGACGAGAAAUCUAGAUGAGUUGUUGCCUUGUUGGUAGUCAGUGUGUUCCAUUGGUGCCAUGUUCAUGGUAUAUAUGAGUAGUAGAGAUUACUGCUGCUGUUGCCUUGUUGCAGUACAGUAUUAGUAUUGCUGUGUUCCAGACACUGAUAAGUAGGAUCAUAUAGUUUUGCUUCUCAUGCCACGUUAAAAUUAAAGUUGUGUUGGUAAAAUCGCAUUCAGCUACGAAUUGUGAUUGAAGAGAACCGAGAUGAUUAUAGUAAGAAUACGCAGUGAAUUGUAAAAAGCAGUACACUAUUUGCAGUCGAGAACAACACCUGUGCGUUACUAUGAAACCAUUAAUUAUUCA